AUGGAAACAGGUUCGCUGGGGCGUGCAAAAUCUUCGCGCAAGAGAAAAUCAGCGGGAACCCUGGUGCCAUCCAAUGUCGAAUUGAUCGAUUUGACCGGCGACGACCCUACACCUGCGCCCAAACGAACACCCCGAGCAAAGAAACGGCGACGCGAAGACUCCAACCCACCCGCUACGCCCGAACGUCGUCUGCGAAGAUUCCGCCCCUAUCCACCGGCGUCGUGCAUGGAUAGAUUGCAUCGAUCGAGGACCCAAAGGAUGUAUGUGGUAGGACAUACGGUGGGCGGCACAGACGAAGUACCGGAGAUCUCGUUUGACAUGGUCGGCACGACCGGGAAUCUGUACAAGACGGUGAUUGGGAAGGUGCCGUCCUGCGACUGCCCUGACGCCACGAAGGGGAACCAGUGCAAGCACAUCUUCUACGUGCUGGUGAAUGCGCUCAAAGCACCCGAACACCUCCAGUACCAGCUGGCUUUUCUUUCCGACGAACUCCGUGAAAUGUACCGUGGAUCCCCCUGCGCCGCGGACAAGCUGCUUCCACCGAAGACACGGGUGGCAAGCAGAGACCCGUCGAGGGGGACUGUCCCAUCUGCUUCAUGGAAUUCGAGGCAAACGAGGCCAUCGUUUUCUGCCGCGCGGCCUGCGGGAACAACAUUCACAAGGUCUGUUUCGAUCAAUGGGCCGCCACCACACGUUCUUCCGGUCCGAGCGCCUUGGAAAUUCGAUAAGCCUAACCACGACCUUGAAUCUCUCAAAAAGGAUGGCCGUGUCAACGCAGAAGGCUAUGUCAAUGUGGCGGAACAGUUUGGAUUGUCUGGUAAACGAGAAUGGUCCUCGUACUCGCCUUGGUUCAACCGUCGUCGGAGGCGCGGGUUGUCACGAUACGAUGAAUAUGGAGACCCCUAUGAUUCGGACGACCUCUCAUGUGACUCCAAUGGUGUCCCAAUUAUGUGA